UUGGCAUAGAAAUUUGAUUUGCUGUUUGUAUUUUUAUACUUAGUAAAUUAACUUUCUGUUGAUUUUUUAUUUAAACAAAAAUUCAAAAACUUACAAUUGUUUAUACUCACGUAAAGUUAAGUUGCCUUUUUUAGAGCAAUUGUACAAUACUUUAUUAAAAUGGGUAAUUCAGGUUUAAAACAACAUUAUGAAACGGCGUCAAAAACAGGAGUUUUACAAAUAUCAAAUCAUAAGUUAAAGGAAAUACCAGAAGAAGUUUUCACAUUAGCGGAACAACUCAGAAAUUUGGACCUAUCUAAGAACAAAAUACCAUAUAUUCCUGAAGAUAUGAGCAUGUUUAAGUUUUUAAAACAACUAAAUGUGAGCACGAAUAUGAUACAUAUUUUGCCAGAAUCAUUAGCCAAUCUGAAAAAGUUGGAACUGCUCAAUGUUUCAUUUAAUUCACUUACAUGCUUACCAAGCACCUUUUCUGGUUUAACUAAUUUAAAGCAAAUCUAUUUAAAUAAUAACAAAUUCAAAGUUUUCCCAAAGGAAUUGCUAGGACUACCUAACAUUGAGGUAGUAGAUCUUUCAAAUAACAAAAUGACAGAGAUCCCAACAGGUAUGUCAAAAUUCUAUGCAGUUGAAUUCAAUGUGAGUCAAAACGAGAUUUCUGUUUUAAGUGAGGAUUUGUAUCAAGCACCACGAUUGAAAAUAUUGAGAUUAGAAGAAAAUUGCUUAAGUCUAGAUAUGAUUACACCAAGCUUGCUAAGAGAUUCAAAGAUACACACAAUUAAUAUUGAUGGUAAUCUCUUUGAACCAAAACAAUUAGCAUCGCUGGAAGGCUAUAAUGAAUAUACAGAAAGGUAUACAGCAAUGAAGAAGAAAAUGUUUUGAUGAUAUAUUUAAUCAAAAACAUUGAUAAGAUUUGAUACGGUGAUGUUUUGAUGUUUUAUUCUUUGUGAUAGUGUAUGUAAAAAGCUUAUAGAAUAUUAAUAAUACAAGCUUUAAUAAAAAUCACAACAAACGCACACUACUUACAAUAAUAACAGUAAAAGUAAAUUAAAUGCAAUAUUAAACUAAUUACUGGUCAAUGAUUACACUUUUGCAAUCUAAUCAUUGUAUUUUCUUCAAGUGCUGUCAGGUAUAUUUUUCCUAAUUUUGAACGCACAUAUUAAAUGAGGAAAGUACCUGCAAUACAGUUUUUAAAGAUUUCUUUAGUUAUGGUUUUCAAACCUACAUUUUAAUUAAUUCUUACUUUUUAAUUAAUAAAUAGAUUUUACAGAAAUUGCCAGUAUUCAAACAACAUGCAGUUGAAUGAUAAUAACUUGAGUAUGAGUUAAUUAAUUUCAAAUAUAAUCUAUAUUAUUAUCUAUUUAUAGCUAAUUCUCUAGUAUAAUAAGUGGUUCAUAUCAGCUGCCAAAAUUUGAUCUAAACAAAUAUAUAUGCUUGUAUACAUUAGACUACCUGGCAACACUGCUUCCUUAUUUCACAAAUUAAACCUUUAAAUUCCAA